GAAGCAUAAACUUUCCUUGGGGACGGAUAUGUCACAACCCACUCCAAUCUCAGCGUCUGUCUCUAUGGUAUAACCCCUCUCUGAGGUUAUUGAUUGGCCUUCUGAGGGUCCUUUGUUGCUCAAGCGCUCCUUCUACUCAAAUAUUCAGGUGCAGGAUGCUUUCAUUUUCGAUCCUCAACUGCAAUUUAUACGACGCAGACUAACAUCAGAAGAGAAACGCGUUGUUAAAUGCUGACGUAACCGUGUUGUUCGAUUGUAUCAAUUGUUAGAUUCGCACUCUGUGCGCUUAUCACUUUUCCUUUCUCGGCUAAUGCUACCUUCUCAAAUUGGCUCACAUGAUGGUACUUUGGGUCAUACCACCAUUGAUAAUACAAUUCUGCCGUUGGUUACCCCGUUAGUCGAUCAUCAGAUCCAGCUAAUUCAGCCUUCUCACCUGCGAAAGCUUAUUCAUAAAGCAUUCCUUUCGUUUUGGAAAACCUUUUGGCGCAUGGAUAUCCCUUUGCCGGCUCGAAAUGUUUGGUUUCGUUUGAUCCAUGGUAAGCUGCCUGCUGCUUCCAAUCUACACAAGAUCGUUCCCUCUUUCUCUCCUUUCUGCCGUCUGUGCAAUCGGAGUUCGCCUUCAGAAACCACUUGUCAUUUCUUAAUUGACUGUAGAAAAAAGUACCUCGCUUGGAAGCUCAUUUGGACCCACUUCUUCCCUUUGUCCCUAUGAUCACGCCAUGCACUACUGCAGGCAAUUUUACACCUUAAUUUCCCUCAACAGGAUUCAG